AUGGGGUUGGCAGCUACUAAGACCAAGCAGAGAUUUGGUCUAGAUCCUAGGAACACCACUUGGAGCAAUGAUAAGUCAAGAUUUGGUCACAAAUAUCUGGAAAAGCUAGGUUGGGAACCAGGAAAGGGCCUUGGCCAUGCCUCGCAUGCGAUGUCGACGCAUAUUAAGGUGACAAUUAAGGACGAUACGAUGGGUCUGGGCGCAAAACUCAAGAAGAAAGAGAAGAAAGACGAGUUUGACAGCGGAGAGUGUGCAGGGCUAGAUGUCUUCCAGAGGAUCCUGGGUAGAUUAAACGGCAAGGAAGAAGUAAUUGCUGAUGAGUUAGAAAAACAGCGGAAAGAAAACAUUAUCAACGGCAAGUGGGGUAUCCACUUUGUCAAGGGAGAGGUACUUUCUAGCACUUGGGAUGCCGACACCAUGCAGCUGAAAAGCUACAGUUACGAUAAAAAGGAAAUCACGGCAGAUGACGCUGAGGAUGCUAAGGUCAGCGGUAAGCACAGAGAUCGGAAAUCAAGGGCCAAGAGGGAGAAAAGCAACAACGCUGCUCUGAAGGAAAAGUGUCGCGAUAUAGAUAGGACCCGGAAGAGUAAGAGGAAAGAGAAAGAGCAGGAGAAAGAAAAGAACAGAGAGAAGAAGCAUAACGGGAAGGAGCAUAAGGAGAAGGAGCAUAAGGAGAAGAAGGACAAGAAGGACAAGAAGGAGAAGAAGGAGAAGAAGGAGAAGAAGGAGAAGAAGGAGAAAAAGCAUAAGGAGAAGAGCAACAAGAGGCUACGGUCCUCUGAUUCUAUCGAUGAUCCAGAAGCAACCAAACCUUCGAAAAAGUCGAAAACCAAAGCUGCUGACUCAGAUAAUGUAACUAGAGACAGUAUGCUACAGCCUCGCGCCUCAGCUGCAUCGCCUCCACCAACCAUUUCUACGAGGCUUUCGGUACGGUCGAAGUGGAUCAGACAGAAGCGUGCUGCUGUGAUGGAUCCCAAGGCCUUAAAUGAAAUAUUUAUGGUGACGUAG